AUGGGUUACUAUAGCGGGCUGCUUUGUGCUGUGCCUUGUGACAAUAUCCAUGGAAAUCUUGGGCGCCGCCGCCGGCGAUGUACGUACGUGUUGGGGGACUCGACGCUGGACGUCGGCAACAACAACUACCUGCCGGGGACGAACGUCCCCAGGGCCAACAGGCCCUACUACGGCGUCGACGACUUCCCUGGCAUUCCCACCGGGAGCGGGAGGUUCAGCAACGGCCGCAACACGGCUGACUUCAUCGCAAAGAUGAUAGGAUUCGUCGGUAGCCCUCCGGCUUAUCUGGCGCUGGCGUCAAGCUCCGGCCUUCUCGUCUCCGCCGCUCGCACCACUGGUGUGAGCUACGCUUCCGGAGGAGCUGGCAUCCUCGACUCCACUAACGCCGGCAACAACAUCCCGCUGUCGAAGCAGGUGCGCUACUUCAACGACACCAGGUCGAAGAUGGACGCCGUGGUGGGCUCCGGCGCGGUGACCGCCCAGCUCUCCAAGGCCUUCUUCCUCAUCGGCAUCGGCGGCAACGACCUGUCCACGUUCGCCAACGCGGAGCAGGCGCGCAACAGGUCAGCCGCCGAGAAGCAGAGCGACACCGCCGCCUUCUACGGCGGCCUCAUCUCCAACUACUCGGCCGCCAUCACGUUUAACUUGGCUAGCUAUGUACUGAUCAUACCAUACAUGGCAGAAUCUGUACAAGCCGGGUGCCUGCCGGUCGCCCGGGUGCUCGACGCGGCGGGCGCGUGCUCCCAAGACCGGAACCAGCUCGCCGCCGGCUUCAACGACGCCCUCCGGUCCCUGCUCGCCGACCUCGCCGCCACGCUGCCGGACCUCGUCUACUCUCUGGCCGACUCCCUGGGCCUCAUGGCGGCCAUCUUCGCCGACCCGCAGGCGUCGGGGUUCACGGACAUCUCCGACGCGUGCUGCGGCGGCGGGCGGCUGGGCGCGGAGGCGGGAUGCUCGCCCGACGCCGCGCUCUGCGCCGACCGCGACCGCUACUACUUCUGGGACGCGGUGCACCCUACCCAGCGGACCGCCAUGCUCAGAGCUCGGGCCUUCUUCUAUGACGCCGGCGAGGCCAAGUACACCACCCCCAUCAACUUCGAGCAGCUGCUCCACAUCGAUCACCGCGAGAGCUAGCCGCCGCUGAUCCUUGCGUGUUCAUUCAGGGGCGACCAGGUGUCCAUUCCUACUGCUUGUUCGAUCGGUUCUUC